AUGAGGCCCCGGGCCGCACUGCUCUUCCCCAUCGUCUUCAUCGUCAUCACACAGGCCACGGCCGUACGCGGCACUCCGAUGCUCAAGAAAACGCACACUCUGCACCAAUUUACAGAGGAGGAAUCCGAUGAGGAAAGGCUCGAUGAUGAGAAUGAGGACUACGAGCCGAACGAGCUGGACAAGGAGAGCGUCUUCCAGCAGGGCGAGACACGGGAUUUUCUCCAAUUUUUGCGGAAAAUCCGCUACGACCAUAGGCAAUGUCCAGAGGGAUCGGAUGGAGGUCCCGUUCAUGUGCGCGUCUCCGUCGUGGUCAGCAACGUCAGGGCGGUGUCGGAGGUUACGAUGGACUACUCCCUCGAGCUGUUCUACCGUGAGCACUGGCAGGACACACGGUUGCGGUAUAACAAGAAAAAGUUCAAGAACAAGACGCAAAUCUCCCUGCACGAGUCGUAUUCAAACUUUCUGUGGCACCCGGAUACCUUCGUGCCGAAUGCGAUCGCAUCGAAAAACCCCCGUAAACAAUCGAUGACGCACAGGAGUUUGUUACGGCUAGACGUAGAUGGCCAUAUCCUAUACAGUAGACGAUUAUCUCUGGUCGUCUCCUGCUCAAUGGAUCUCACGCUCUUUCCCUUCGACUCGCAGCUCUGCAAGCUGGGAAUCGAGAGCUACGGCUACACGGCGGACCAAGUCAUUUAUGAAUGGUCGAAGGGAUCGAUACAGGCUCUCGAAUUACACCGAAUUCGGCUGCCCGAUUUUUCAGUCACAGAAGCCUACGUAACAAAUCACAUGGAGAAAUAUGCGACAGGAAAUUACUCCCGACUUUAUGUGUGUUUCGUUUUUACGCGAGCUGCCGGGUUUUGCUUUUUGCAGCUGAUCAUCCCCUCCACAGCGGUAGUUAUCACCUCCUGGGUAUCAUUAUGGAUGGAAAACGAGACGUCAUUUCAGGACAUGAUUUCGAUAAUUUUAACCAUCACCUUUUUGCUGUUUUCCUAUAAUGAAGUGAUGCCGAGGGUAUCGUAUAUCAAGGCGAUGGACGUGUAUCUGGGCGUCUGCUUUUGCAUCGUGUUUUUCUCGUUGAUAAAACUGGCCCUCGUGAAAUAUAUGCGGCAGCGGUUGCGGAUUACCAGAGACACCUCAAUCGUGGCCGGGAUGCUGCCAAUGCUUCGUCUCGCCAACGGCCUCACCGGCCAGCCCCUCGAACGCAUCGACCGCAUCGCCACCAAGAACGCCCUCCAAACCGCCGCCAGCAGCCCGGCCCAGUACACGGCGCUCCAGAUUGACAAAAAUGGGGCGUACGUCGCCGGGAAAGCGGAAAACCCAUCGCACAUUCAAUUCACACCACGAUUUAUGCAUCGGUUUCAUUGGAUUACGCAGAUGACGUUCUUCUUCGGGUUUGUCAUCUUUUGCCUGUUCUAUUUUCUGGUGUACCCGAAUAUCCAUUCGCAGGCGGUCGACCCGUAUUGCGAUCGCUCGAUGGCCGAAUGGUUUGCCGAUAUACAG